UUCUUCAGCUGCUUCUCCCUGGUGAAGAUCCCCUUCCAUCGUUCAAGAUGAAUUUGAAGGUGGUGGUUGUGCUCCUCGGGGUGAUAGCCCUCGUCGCUGCUGCUCCAAGACGAGGAGGUGGAGGCUUUGGAGGAGGAGGUGGAUUUGGAGGUGGAGGUGGACACAGAGGUGGUGGAGGAGGAUUCGGAGGAGGUGGUGGUGGUGGUGGACUCGGUGGAGGAGGAUUCGGAGGUGGAGGAGGAUUUGGAGGAGGCGGAAGCCGUGGUGGAGGAUUUGGAGGCGGUGGUGGUUUUGGAGGAGGUGGAGGAUUUGGGCGCUAAGCAUCUUCAGGGAAGACCACAAAACGUCCUAUUUGUUUGUUUGUCUUUUAGUCUUUAACUAAAGACCAAUAAAGACGGAUUACCUUA